UGCAAGGCAGAAGCGGGUUUGUUUUUGAAUCUGCGGAGGCGGCGGCGGCGGCAGCGGCGGUGCGGUGACUGAAGCGCGCGAGACUGACGCGGAAGCGUUGGGGACGGCUGCGUGGAACAGCUCUGUAGGAAGGAACUUGGUUCCCCCUCCCUCCUCUCCCGCCCCAAAAGGUUCAAAAUGGAUGGUAUAGAAGAACCUCAAAAAAAAGUCUUUAAGGCUCGAAAAACGAUGAGAGUGAGUGAUCGUCAACAACUUGAAGCAGUGUACAAGGUCAAAGAAGAACUGUUGAAAACUGAUGUCAAGCUAUUAAAUGGCAACCAUGAAAAUGGAGAUUUGGACCCAACCUCACCUUUGGAAAAUAUGGAUUAUAUUAAUGACAAAGAAGAGGUGAAUGGUAUUGAACAACUUUGUUUUGACUCUGAAAAAAGUAAAUCAGAAUGGAAAGAAACACCCUGUACCUUAAAUAUUAAUGUAAAAAACAAGCAAGAUGAUGAUUUAAAGUGUGAACCUUCAUCUCCUAAUAAUAUAACUCCUGAACUAGCCUCUAAACUGACUGCUGAACCAGCUUCUGAUCCAGCCUCUGAUGAUCUGGCUAUUGGAGAUCCAGCCUCUGGAGAUUCAGCCUCUGGAGAUCUGGCUUCUGAAGUAUUAGCCUCUGGUGAUCCCACCUCUGGUGAUCCCGCCUCUGGUGAUCCUGCCUCUGGUGAUCUCACCUCCGGUGAUCCUGCCUCUGGUGAACCUGUCUCUGGUGAAUCCAUCUCUGGUGAAUUGGUCUCUGGUGAACCCGUCUCUGGUGAGCUGAUCUCUGGUGAACCGGUCCCUGGUGAACCAGUCUCCGGUGAACCAGUCUCUAGUGAUCUGACCUCUGAUGAUUCAGCCUCUGGUGAUCCAGCCUCUGGAACAUUGGCCUCUGAGGAUCCAGCCUCUAGUGAUCUGGCCUCUGGUGAUCCAGCCUCUGAUGAACCGACUUCUGAUGAACCAACUUCUGAAUCAGCCUUUGAUCGCACCUUUGAACCAACUUCUGUACCAGUUUGUGAACCAGUUCCUGAAACUGACAAUAUAGAGUUUAGUAGCAAUAAAGGUGAUAAUUUUCUUGAAAAAAAUAGGGAUGAUGAAAAGUUAGACCAAAUUUUCUCAUUUGAUGAGAAAAAUAAAGUUGAUAGUAAUAUUGAUGCUGAUGGAGAAACUCUAGAAACAGAUGACACAGUUAUUUGUUCAGAUCUACCUCCUGAAAAUGAAAAGAAGGUGGAGAAAGAUGCUAUCAUAGAACCUGCUCUUGGAGAGGAGGCUAUAUCUAGCAGUAUGGAAAUUGACCAAAGUGAAAAGAAUGAAGAUGAGAAUUCUGCAGAAGACCUUCCAGAAACCAUUAGUGAAAAUGUUAUGAAAGAUAACAAAAAUGAGAAUAUCUUAGAAAAUACAGAUUCUUUGGAGACAGAUGAAAUCAUUCCUAUUUUGGAAAAACUUGCACCUGCUGAAGAUGAACUUACUUGCUUUUCUAAAACUUCUAUCCUUCCAAUUGAUGAGACAAAUCCAGAUUUGGAAGAGAAGAUGGAAGGCUCUUUUGGUUCACCAUCUAAACAAGAAAGUAGUGAGAGUUUGCCAAAAGAAGCCUUUUUGGUCCUCUCUGAUGAAGAGGAUAUUUCGGGUGAAAAAGAUGAGUCUGAAGUUAUAUCACAAAAUGAGACAUGCUCUCCAGAAGUAGAAAGUAAUGAAAAGAACAGCAAACCUGAGGAAGAAGAGCAAGUAAUACAUGAAGAUGAAAGACCUUCUGAGAAAAGUGAAUUUUCCAGAAGAAAACGUUCUAAAUCAGAGGACAUGGACAAUGUCCAGUCCAAACGCCGUCGAUAUAUGGAAGAAGAGUAUGAGGCAGAAUUUCAAGUAAAGAUUACAGCCAAAGGAGAUAUUAACCAGAAGCUACAAAAGGUUGUACAGUGGUUGCUGGAAGAAAAAUUGUGUGCGCUACAGUGUGCUGUAUUUGAUAAGACUUUGGCAGAAUUGAAAACACGAGUGGAAAAGAUUGAAUGUAACAAGAGGCAUAAAACAGUUCUUACUGAACUACAGGCCAAGAUAGCCAGGUUAACCAAACGCUUCGGAGCAGCCAAAGAAGAUCUUAAGAAAAGACAAGAAAAUCCACCAAACCCACCUGUAUCACCAGGAAAGUCUGUAGUUGAUGUCAACAGCAAUAACAGUGUGCCCUACAGAAAUGUAACCACAGUGAGACAGAUGCUGGAGUCCAAAAGAAAUGUAAGCGAGAGUGCACCGCCAUCCUUUCAAACCCCUGUGAAUACAGUAUCUUCAACCAAUCUUGUCACUCCUCCAGCAGUUGUCAGUAGUCAACCUAAACUGCAGACUCCAGUGACUUCCAGUUCUCUGACAGCAACGUCAGUUCUUCCUGCACCCAACACAGCUACAGUAGUUGCUACUACUCAGGUGCCUAGUGGAAAUCCCCAACCUACAAUUUCUUUACAGCCUUUACCAGUGAUUUUGCAUGUACCUGUUGCGGUAUCCUCCCAGCCUCAGCUCCUACAGAGCCAUCCAGGGACUUUAGUGACCAAUCAACCAUCUGGCAACGUUGAAUUCAUUUCUGUACAAAGCCCACCUACAGUGAGUGGUCUUACCAAAAAUCCAGUCUCCUUGCCAUCUUUGCCAAACCCUACUAAACCAAACAACGUUCCUUCUGUGCCCAGUCCUAGUAUUCAAAGGAACUCUCCUGCCAGUGCUGCACCGUUAGGAACAACACUUGCUGUACAGGCUGUUCCAACAGCACACUCUAUUGUACAAGCCACAAGGACUUCUUUACCCACAGUAGGCCCAUCGGGACUCUAUAGUCCAUCAAAUAAUCGAGGUCCUAUACAGAUGAAAAUUCCAAUUUCUGCUUUUAAUACUUCAUCUUCGGCAGAACAGAGCAGCCCUACUACCCCAAGAAUUGAAAACCAGACAAGCAAAACAAUAGAUGCUUCUAUUAAUAAGAAAGCAGCUGAUAGCACAUCACAGAGUGGUAAAGCCACAGGCAGUGAUUCAGGAGGUGUCAUUGAUCUCACAAUGGAUGAUGAAGAGAGUGGAGCUUCACAAGAACCUAAAAAGCUAAAUCACACUCCUGUGUCAACCAUGAGUUCUUCUCAGCCUGUGUCUCGACCGUUGCAACCCAUCCAGCCAGCACCACCUCUUCAGCCAUCUGGGGUGCCAACAAGUGGACCAUCUCAGACAACCAUACAUUUACUACCUACAGCUCCAACCACCGUGAAUGUAACACAUCGUCCAGUAACUCAGGUGACCACGAGACUCCCUGUACCAAGAGCUCCUGCAAACCACCAAGUGGUUUAUACAACUCUCCCAGCACCACCAGCUCAGGCUCCCCUGCGAGGAACUGUCAUGCAGGCUCCUGCUGUUCGGCAGGUCAAUCCCCAAAAUAGUGUCACAGUUCGAGUGCCUCAAGCAACUACUUAUGUUGUAAACAAUGGACUAACCCUGGGAUCAACAGGACCUCAGCUCACAGUGCAUCACCGACCACCACAAGUGCAUACCGAGCCCCCACGCCCUGUACACCCAGCACCCUUACCGGAAGCCCCACAACCCCAGCGUCUGCCCCCAGAAGCUGCCAGCACAUCUCUGCCUCAGAAGCCACACUUGAAGUUAGCACGAGUUCAGAGUCAAAAUGGCAUUGUACUGUCAUGGAGUGUCCUGGAGGUGGAUCGAAGCUGUGCCACUGUUGACAGCUACCAUCUCUAUGCUUACCAUGAGGAACCCAGUGCCACUGUGCCCUCACAAUGGAAAAAGAUUGGAGAAGUAAAGGCACUUCCCUUGCCCAUGGCAUGCACUCUCACCCAGUUUGUAUCUGGCAGCAAAUACUACUUUGCAGUACGAGCCAAGGAUAUUUAUGGACGUUUUGGACCUUUCUGUGAUCCUCAGUCAACGGAUGUGAUCUCUUCUUCCCAGAGUAGUUAAACCUUGGAGCCUUUAUCUCUUCCUCUUUCAGAGUUUCCACUUUUGUUCUUAUUUAAUCUUGUGCAUGAUACCCAUUGUAAAAUCCACAUUGUGCAAGAUUUCUUGGACAGAUGUGUAUAUACACUACAUUUGUUUAUAAUCACGAGUAAAAUAAACUCAGCCCAUAAAGCAAGAAUCUUUUCCUGGACAAUUCAAGCUUCAAGGUUUUGAAAUGUAAAUGUGCACCUUGCUUUAGUUUUGAGGCUGGGAAAUAUGUGUGGGUGUUUGUGUGUGUUUUUCCCUAUUUAUAUGUUUACUGCAGUGGAAUUGCCCAUUUUCAUUCUCAAAUUUACUUCUAUUCCAAUAUGAAGUAAGUAGGUCAAAAGAUCUGAGGUAUGUAACUGGCAUGAUUCUGCUUCUGAGGGAUCUGUAUGUUCAUAGUUAAGUGAUUUAAACUGAAUCUAAACAAAACCCAAAGAAA